ACCCGGAAAAUAAACACACGCUGUGGCGAAAACAAAUGGCUGCCACGGGAGCCGUCGGUUCCCCGGGCCGCCUGGUCCAGUACGUCGUGGUCCGCUCGGACCUGGUUCACAAGCUGUCAUGGCCGCUUGGAGCCGUCAUCACGCAAGCGUGCCACGCCGCAACCGCUGCCGUCCACUUGCACUACGCCGACGGGGACACGCAAAGCUACCUGGCUGAGCUCGACUCCAUGCACAAAGUAGUGCUCGGGGCUCCCGACGAAGCCGCCCUUUCAGGCUUAUCUGAGAGCCUGACCCAGGCUGGUGUGGCCCACAAGCUUUGGAUUGAGCAGCCUGAGAAUAUACCCACCUGUCUGGCCCUGAAGCCAUACCCCAAAGAAACAGUGCAGCCCCUGCUCCGCAAGUUCAAACUCUUUAAGUGAUCUUGCCUGCCCAUCAACGUCAACGUGGCCCAACAGCCAUUGUUACCACAUCCCUAUGACUGGAAUAUUCACGUUUUCUCGGAUAAACUGAACUGUAUUCAUGAA